AUGGAUCUGUUUGCAAAUUUUGAUUUUACUAGCCAUAUGACUGUUUAUAACAGUAGCGGUUUCCAUAUGCUUAUGAAGGAACUGCUUGACGCUAUUACUGCUGAGUCGCACACUUGGUUUGUGAGCGAGAUGUGCAACUCGAUUGCUANGAAGGUAGGAGAGGACACCCUGAAUUGUGAUCCAGACAUACGUCAGCUAGCCAGGGAUGUUGUGAAGGAGUGUGGUGGGUUGCCCUUGGCUCUCAUCACCAUCGGCCGCGCCAUGGCAAGCAAGAGGACUCGUCAUGAGUGGGAACACGCUAUCACAGUGUUGCAGAAAUCUCCAGCAAAGUUUUCAGGUAUGGAAGAGAAAGUGUUUUCAAUUUUGAAGUACAGCUAUGAUGCCUUGCCAAAUGAUAAAGUUAGAGAUUGUUUCUUAUACUGUUCCCUCUUUCCCGAAGAUCUUCCUAUUAAUAUCAAACGAAUCAUAGAAUAUUGGAUUGGGGAAGGAUUCAUAAAAGGAAAUGAGGAAAUGAGGGAAGCAAUGAAUGAAGGAUAUGAUAUCAUUGCAACUCUAAAACGAGCCUGCUUGUUAGAGCCCAGUGGGAAUUAUUAUUUGGAGAGCAGAGAAUUCGUAGAGAUGCAUGAUGUGAUCCGGGACAUGGCAUUAUGGAUUAUCAAUGACUAUGGAAGGAAUGAUAAGAAGAAGCAUUUGUUGGUAAGGUAUGAAGAGUUGAUGGAUAAGCUUAUCUUCGAAAGGCAGGGCGCCAGCAGGAUAUUUACGCUACCUCCACGUUCUCCUUAUAAUAAUAGUGAGAGUGAUGCAGAGCAGCAGCAAAUUAAAGAUGAGGUGGUCGUCCCUCCUGAUGAAGACUAUCCCAACCUUAUUCCAAUUGCAACCUUCUUAGUAGUCUAUGGUCCAAGGAAGGAAUUCCCUACUAGCUUGUUCCGAUCUACCAAGUCUCUUAGAGUUUUGGAUUUAUCUGGUUUUUUAUUUGGAAAAGUAAAGUUCCCAACUGAGAUUGUUGAAUUGGCUGAAUUGGAAUACCUCAAUCUCUCACAUACCAAUAUAAAGGAAUUGCCAUACGAGUUGGGAAAGUUGAGGUACUUGAAUUUGUAUGAAACAAGAGAUCUUCAUGUGGUUUCAGUUGAGGGGAUCCUAAAGCUGUUGGAUCUACAGUAUUUGAACCUACUUGAUUCUAAUUUUAGGGAUUGGGAAAUGGAAGGUAGAUCAAGAUUGAAGGAAGUAUUUGAAGCCUUAAAGCACUUAACUGAUUUCCGAGUCACAAUUAGCAGUGACACAUCUCUCCAAAGUUGGUUAAAUUCCUACAAGUUACAGAAGUACACAACAGCUCUAUCUCUUGAGAAUUACAAGGCCAACUCUUUCUGCAUAACUACUACUCCUGAAAACAUGUUGCUAGAAAUAUUCAAGGUUAUUGAUUGCGAAGAGUUGAGAGAUAUUAGUUGGCUAAUGGAGACAAAGAAGGGGUCAGAGAAGGAGUCAGCCUGGAGGCCAGAGAUAUUUUCACUCCAUAUCGUUGAUCUUCCCAAGUUAGAGAUAAUAGAGUUGCCGCACAUGUGCUUACAGAACAUUGAAUUUAUUUUUAUUACUGGUUGUAAGGUGUUGGAGGACCUAACCUGGCUUAUUCAUUCUAACAAGCUUGAAAGGCUUCGGCUAGUGAAUCUGCCAAGACUAAAAAAUAUAAUAAAUGCAGAAGAAAUGUUGAUACCAUUCUCAAAUCUUAGAUGGAUAAUUCUUGUGGAUCUAUCGGCAUUAGAAGACAUCUACCCCGGUGCCUUGCCUCUUCCGUGCCUAAAGGAAAUUCGCAUAGAAGAAUGUCCAAAGCUGAAGAAGCUCCCAUUUGACUCCAACACUGCUAAGAACGACACUUUGAUGAGGAUUGAAGGAAGCAAGGAAUGGUGGGAGGCGCUAGAAUGGGAUGAUGAAAGCAUCAAGUCCAAUUUCCAACAAUAUUUCACCGACAUAGAAAAGUAGCAGCAAGGUAAUAAAGUAAUUAACCCUCAUGAUGGAUUUUAUUGUUUGUAAUGUAGUUUUGGACGAUGAUAAUCGUGACUUUUAAUUUUGUUAUCCCUAUUCCCUACCCAUCUGAUUCCAGUCGAACUAAUUAAUUUAUU